UAAACUCACAGACCAGAGAAGAGAGAAAAGUGACCAUUGCGAGACCAAGACUGGUCCUGAGCACAAAGUAAUAAUGUCCUUAACACUUUUAUCAACUGCUUCCAGACUGAAAUCCCUUUACAGACUGCAGAGAAUCCAAGGGCACAUGAUGUCCAGUCAUGUGGAGCCGGAGGUUCUCCUGGAAAAAGUGGGUCGGGCUGGUGUGAUCACACUGAACAGGCCCAAAGUCCUCAAUGCCCUCAAUCUGACUAUGAUCCGGCAAAUCUACCCUCAACUUAAGAAAUGGGAAAACGACAGUGAGACUGACCUGGUGAUUAUUAAGGGAACAGGCGGAAAGGCCUUUUGUGCCGGCGGAGACAUCAGAGCGGUCACAGAAGCGGGAAAGACUGGCGACUCCUUAGCUCAGGACUUUUUUCGUGAGGAAUAUAUCCUGAACAACGCCAUUGGGACCUACAGGAAGGUGUACAUUGCCAUUAUCGACGGCAUAACAAUGGGAGGGGGUGUAGGCUUGUCAGUCCAUGGAAGGUUCCGAGUGGCCACUGAGAAGACCCUGUUCGCCAUGCCAGAAACGGCCAUCGGACUUUUUCCUGAUGUGGGCGGCGGCUAUUUUCUGCCACGGCUCAAGGGGAAGCUGGGACUGUUUCUCGCUCUGACCGGCUUCCGGCUCCGAGGACGGGAUGUGCAGAGGGCCGGGAUCGCCACGCACUUUGUGGAGUCCAAGAAGGUUCCAGACCUGGAGAAGGAGAUAUUGAAUUUGAAGUCUCCCUCUGACUCAGAAGUCUCCAGAGUGCUAGAGUUCUUUCAGGACCAGAGUAGUCUAGACUCCGGAAAGCCAUUUGUCUUGGAUAAGCACGUUUCUGAUAUCGACAGGCUGUUCAGCUCCACCAGUGUGGAAGGAAUCGUGCAGAACUUGAGGGCAGACGGUUCGGAGUUUGCUCAGAAACAAGCCGAGAUCCUGUCCAAAAUGUCUCCCACGUCUCUGAAGAUCACCCACCGGCAGCUGGAGGAGGGCGGCGCCCUGAGCCUGCAGGAGGUGCUGGUCAUGGAGUACCGGCUGACCCAGGCCUGCAUGAGAGGUUUUGACUUCUAUGAAGGUGUACGAGCUGUGCUGGUUGACAAAGACCAGAGUCCCAAGUGGAAGCCGGCCACGCUGGAGGAGGUGUCUGACCGGAGCGUGGCGGAGGGCUUCUCCUCGCUGGGGGAGAAGGACCUGACUCUCUGAUGUCUGCCCAACAGCAAAACGCUCCCCGCCCUCAAACGCAUCCCACUCAGCCUCCUCCAAACACUCGCUUCCUGUCCUAGCAGAGACCCGCUCGCUCUGUGACUAACACUCAGAGAGGUUAGAUCCCAAAGUGCUUUGAGUCUGCGGCAGGGCUGUUAACACGGAACACAAUACAGGAAAUGCAAUCGUCCUCCUGCGGUGGUUUAUAGAAAAGAGAAUCACAGGCUGUUCCCGCAGCUCUAGUCCCACUUUCACGUCCCAAAUGAAAAUGAAGAGCAAGCUAAAGGGAUCCCUGUUUGACACAAGUAAAAGGUGGUCUCCCCUCCAGGAGUUUUACAGCGAUAACGCCGAUCUGCCGCAAACACAAGGACCCAAAAGCAGCCCCACAUUCACACAGGGACACGGGAGGGGAAAUGAUCUCACCACCCAGAGUGCUUUACUCCACUUCCCGUGGGUGUUUGUUGAUGUGACCCACACGGGUAUGUAUCAUCUGAGGCUCAGCGGUGAGCUCUUCAGCUCUAAUGCCCAUAAUGUGCCCUCUUUGUUUCAGUCGGGAUUUGUCCUUUCUUUUGACUGCCUUCUGUAGUUUUUCCUAGAGUCUAAACACAGGUAUCAGUCUGCUAUCGAUAUCUGUUAAUAAACAAAUGUACAUGAUUGAAAUUCAUUUGGAAAAAAAAGAAGUCUGGUUUCAGUAGAGUGUCAUUUGUGACACCAUGAUUUUUUCUUUUUAGGAUUUUGUUAUGGUCUUCAUAUUUCUUGAGGAGAAAUGAGAUUGUGAACAUCCUGGAAUAGUAAUGAGACCACCAGAUUCAGAUAGGACGUCAGCCUUGGACAAGUUAGGUGUUAGUUAGAAUCUGUUUUACGACAGAAAAUGCUUCUUUUUUUUUCUUUUUUU